CCCGGCUGGGACAUGAGGGGCAUUUCCCGAAAAGUUUCGUUAAACGGGGACUUUUUUUUCUGUUUUUCGGAGUGUUUCGGUGGAAGCCGCGGUGAUGGGCUCGGUGCUACCGGGGGCUGGUCCCUGCUCUCCGCGGGCCGGGCUCGCACUGGGCAUCCUCGACGGCUCCGCACGGGACACGGCCUCGAUGGGUCACUCCAGACCCGUAAAUCCCACGGCAAGUGGCGAUUAAACUGCGGCCACCGGCUCCGUGCCGAGCGCCGGGGCUGUAACAGCGACAGCAACGAGGACAGCGAAAAACAAACCCCCGAAAAACAGAGAAAUUAAAUAUCCGAAGGGAUAAAUAAGGCGUUUUUCCGUGCGGGGAAGGAGAACGCGCUGCUCGCGCUCCACAGCCGGUGUUUGAGCCGCAGCCCCGGGGCAGCGGCAGCCAGGCUGGGGAACACGGCCCCGCUCGGUCGCUCCGCCUUUCGGACUCUAUUUUUAGGGGUAAUAACUCGUAUUUCGGGUUUUAUCCCUUAGCACCGCUGGAGCUCAGCAGCAGCCUCUCUUUCUGUACGGUUCUCCCGGGGGCAACUCCCGGGCCCCUCCGUUAUCAGCCGGGCCGGGCCGGGGAGAAGGCACCGACCCCCUCACGCCGCCACUGCCGAGGCAGCGGCGAACUACAGCUCCCGGCACACCCCGCGGCGGGCUCGCGGCGCACGUCGGGGACGCAGCGCCACGCGCGUUCGAACCGGCCAAUCGCGGGGGGCGGGCGGCAGUGCGCGCGCGCGGCUGGUGGCGGCGGCUGAGCGUUUUCCUCAUCCCGGCGCUCCUCACAGGCACCGAGGCCUCGGCGCUGCCCUGACUCCGAAAGCUUUUCCUUGGCGGCCCGUGGAGCAGCGGGAGGAGCUCGUUCAGCAUGAAAACGAUGACAGGAUCAAACGAGUUCAAGCUCAACCAAACUCCAGAUGAUGGCAUUUCAUCAGUGAAGUUUAGUCCAAACACAUCUCAGUUCCUGCUGGUUUCAUCCUGGGACACAACUGUGCGGCUCUAUGAUGUCCCUGCCAACACCAUGAGACUCAAAUAUCAGCAUUCAGGAGCUGUCCUGGACUGUGCUUUUUAUGAUCCUACCCAUGCCUGGAGUGGGGGGCUGGAUCAGCAACUGAAAAUGCACGACUUAAACACGGACCAAGAAAACCUUGUUGGUGCCCACGAUGCUCCUAUCAGGUGUGUGGAGUAUUGCCCAGAAGUGAAUGUCAUGGUGACUGGCAGCUGGGAUCAAACUGUCAAACUCUGGGAUCCCAGAACUCCCUGCAAUGCAGGAACCUUCUCCCAGCCUGAAAAGGUCUACACCCUCUCUGUGUCUGGGGACAGGCUGAUUGUGGGGACAGCAGGCCGGAGGGUGCUGGUGUGGGAUUUGAGGAACAUGGGAUACGUUCAGCAGCGAAGGGAAUCCAGCCUGAAAUACCAGACCCGCUGCAUCAGAGCAUUCCCCAACAAACAGGGUUAUGUUUUAAGCUCUAUUGAAGGUCGUGUAGCUGUGGAAUAUUUGGAUCCAAGCCCAGAAAUCCAGAAGAAGAAAUAUGCAUUCAAAUGUCAUCGUUUGAAGGAGAACAACAUCGAGCAGAUUUAUCCAGUUAAUGCCAUUUCUUUCCAUAAUGUCCACAACACGUUUGCUACAGGCGGCUCGGACGGCUUUGUGAACAUCUGGGACCCCUUCAACAAGAAGAGGCUGUGCCAGUUCCACCGUUACCCCACCAGCAUCGCCUCGCUGGCCUUCAGCAACGACGGCACCACGCUGGCCAUCGCCUCCUCCUACAUGUACGAGAUGGACGACAUCGAGCACCCCGAGGACGGCAUCUACAUCCGCCAGGUCACCGACGCAGAGACAAAGCCCAAGUCCACUUAGACUACUGCUGCUACUCCUUCUCUACAAGAGAUGCUCACCUGCUCCUAACAAGGCUCCACUAAAACAAGUGAAGUGAGAAGAACAAUCUUUGUACUCUUGUUUUUAAUUAAGAAAUGUUUGUUUGUUUGUUUAUUGUAGUUUGUAUAAAUCUGUCAUUCCUUGCCUGCUUAUAAUGUUAGUGAAACUAUUUUCUUUAUCUGCUGUCUGGAGCUGAAUUAUUUCAAUCCUGUAGAUAACCUUUUAAAAAUGUAGAUAUUUUGUAGUAUCUGAUUAUGAAAAAUUCCACUGCUUUCUUAUUUGUUCAAUAAAUAUCUAUAGAUUUUUUGAAAAUAAA